AUGGCCGACUCCGAGGACGGCAGCGGCUGCCUCGUGUCGCGGGGCCGCUCACAGAGUGACCCCAGCGUCCUCACCGACUCCUUGGCCACCUCCGCGGAAGCCAGUGACAACCCAGAUGAGAUGGACCCGGCACCCCCUGUCCGCUCCGAGUGCCUGAUCUCGGGGACCCGCACGCCCCCUGCGAGGAGGAACAGCAGGCUGGCCACCCUGGGCAGGAUCUUCAAGCCCUGGAAAUGGAGGAAAAAGAAAAACGAGAAGCUGAAGCAGACGACGUCUGCCUUGGAGAAGAAAAUGGCCGGCAGACAGGGUCGGGAGGAGCUCAUCAAGAAGGGCCUGCUGGAGAUGAUGGAGCAGGAUGCUGAGAGCAAAGCCAACCCCGGUGGGGGUCCCCGAGGCGUGCAGACCGAGCCGUCUCCCCCUCAGCAGGAAGUGCUGACGUCUGAGGCCACGCAGCCCGGAAGCCCCUUGGCCACUGGGACUGACCCCCCGCCCCUGGACGAGCAGUUGCCCGAGGACCCCCAACCGGAUGAUGCAGCCAAGUCACCUUCAGCAUCCAGUGGUGAGGGAGCGGGUGACAGCAGCCCAUUGUCCACCCUGGAUGAGCCCUCUCAAGCCUUAGCUGACUCCCUGGAGAGUCCUCUCAGACCCCUGGAGAGAUCUGUGGGCCAGCUGCCAAGCCCGCCACCGGUGCCCACCCCGCCACCCAAGGCCGGGUCCAAGUUUGUGAAGAACGUCACAGGCUCGACCACGCUCUUCCAAGGCUCUGGCCCAAAGACGACUGACCCUGCUCUGCGUGGCCAGCUCUCCACCCCCACGGGGUCCCCACACCUCACCACCGUCCACAGGCCGCUGCCCCCCAGCCGAGUCAUUGAGGAGCUGCAUAGGGCGCUGGCCACCAAGCACCGACAGGACAGCUUUCAGGGAAGGGAAAACAAAGGUUCCCCAAAGAAGCGUGCAGAAGCCCGCCUGUCGAGGACGUCCAGCGUGGAGCGGGGCAAGGAGAAGGAGGAGGCCUGGGCCUCCGACGGGGCCACUGAGGGCAGGCGGACCUCGGUCAAGGAGUGCGAGGAAAACAAGGAGAACCUGCUAGUGGACCCCGAGCUCCAGGAUGACCUGCUGUUGUACCAGGACGAGGAGGCGCUCAACGACUCCAUCAUCUCUGGGACACUGCCCAGGAAGUGUAAGAAGGAGCUGCUGGCCGUGAAGCUGAGGAACCGGCCGAGCAAGCAGGAGCUGGAGGACCGCAACAUCUUCCCCCGGAGGACAGACGAGGAGCGCCAGGAGAUCCGGCAGCAGAUCGAGAUGAAGUUGUCCAAACGGCUGAGCCAGAGACCCGCCGUGGAGGAGCUGGAGCGGAGGAACAUCCUCAAACAAAGGAACGACCAGACGGAGCAGGAGGAACGGAGAGAAAUCAAGCAGCGGCUGACCAGAAAGCUCAACCAGAGGCCGACUGUUGACGAGCUGAGAGACAGGAAAAUCCUGAUUCGAUUCAGUGACUACGUGGAGGUGGCGAAAGCCCAGGACUAUGACCGGAGGGCAGACAAGCCCUGGACGCGGCUGUCGGCAGCAGACAAGGCAGCUAUCCGGAAAGAGCUGAACGAAUACAAGAGUAACGAGAUGGAGGUUCAUGCGUCCAGCAAGCACCUGACAAGGUUGGAACGUGGGUGCACGGGCUGCACCCAAGGCCUCCGACGUGUGGACGUGUGA